AUGGGAAAUACAUUCACACAUCUUGUUCUACUUGGUGAUAGUACAAUUGAUAAUAAAUUUUAUGUGGGUAAAGGUAAUCUUCCGAUAAUCGAUCAACUUAAAAUAAAAGCUCAAGAACGAGGUUGGAAUGCAACAUCAGUUGCUGUUGAUGGUCAUUCAAUUUCACAUAUAUCUAGUCAACUAACAAGAAUACCACAAGAUGCUACACAUUUAUUUAUUUCAAUCGGCGGUAAUGAUGCUCUUUGUUAUAUGCAACGUUUGAAAGAAUCAGUUGCAAAUGUUGGUGAAGGAUUACUUUUGUUAAGUGACUUUAAAAAAGAAUUUGAAAAAGAUUAUUCUGAAAUGUUAAAAAUUGUUAGUGCUCGAAAGAUUCCUGCAACAGUAUGUACUAUGUAUAAUCCAAAUUUUGAAAAUCCUGAACAACAACGUAUGUGUGAAACGGGACUAUGCGCACUGAAUGAUGUAAUCAUUACUGAAUCUACUAAAAUUGGUAUUCCUGUGAUUGAUCUUAAAACGAUUUUUAAUGAUCCAAAUGAUUAUGCAAAUCACAUUGAACCUGAUGUCCAAGGUGGAUCAAAAAUUGUCGAAAAUAUUCUUCAUGUUAUGGAUUAUCAUCGAUUUAAUAUUCCUAUUUGUUCUAUUUAUGCAAAAUAA